GAAAUCAAGAUUCGCGGCCAAGUUACCUCAAGACGAGAGCGAUAAAUUUGUAUAAAAAAAGAGUGGGAAGUGCACUUUUUUGUGUCAUAUUCCAAUCCAUGUAGUGCCUAGACUGCCUUUCUCACCUCGCGUUAUACCAGUGCGGUUCACGAGACUAUUAUAGAAUUGCAUUCUCCCCAAAUUUUGAGCAGUAAAAAUAAUCGGUCUUGUGUCGUGUACCAGCUACGGCAACGGUGCUCGUUAGACAACAGCCAUACUGACAAGUAGAGUACUUUCUCAAUACACCCGUCUCCCUCAGUCUGCGGAUAUGGAGUCACACUCCGAAAUAGCGGAAUGGUACCGAGGAAGAUCGGUCUUUAUUACCGGAGCAACAGGAUUCGUUGGAAAAACGUUGGUCGAGAAGCUUUUGCGUUCCUGCCCCGACAUCGGAACGAUCUUUUUGCUGAUUCGUGACAAGAAGGGCACGUCCCCUCGAGACCGUGUCGAGCAGAUGCUGUCGGCGUGUUUGUUCGACGAGAUUCGGACCGCUCAACCAAAUCCAAGAGUCAAGCUCGUCGCCAUUCCAGGGGAUGUUAGCGUUCCAGGUCUGGGAAUAACCGCCGAAGACAGGUCGCUUCUGCAAGACACAGUAUCGGUGGUUUUUCACGUCGCAGCGACAGUGAGAUUCACGGAGCCGCUGCGAAAAGCGGUGGACGUAAACAUCGAAGGCACCAAGGCGAUGCUCCAGCUCUCUCAGGGGAUGAAAAACCUCCGCGCUAUUGUCCACGUAUCCACAGCUUACUCCAACUGCGGCAUCCCCGUCAUUCGUGAACGCAUCUAUCCGCCACCCAUGGACUUGUGUAAGGUGAAGGAUUGCGUGGCUGGCCUGGAUGACGAGCUUUUGGACCUAAUCACACCCAGGUUGAUCGGUAAACUGCCCAACACUUACACAUUCACCAAAGCUCUUGCGGAGCAUCUAGUCGCAGAGCAUUCGACUCAAUUGCCAAUUGCCGUCGUGCGGCCUUCCAUUGUCUGUGCCUCGUGGAAGGAACCGUCACACUCCGAAAUAGCGGAAUGGUACCGAGGAAGAUCAGUCUUUAUUACCGGAGCAACAGGAUUCGUUGGAAAAACGUUGGUCGAAAAGCUUCUGCGUUCCUGCCCCGACAUCGGAACGAUCUUUUUACUGAUUCGUGACAAGAAGGGCACGUCCCCUCGAGACCGUGUCGAGCAGAUGCUGUCGGCGUGUUUGUUCGACGAGAUUCAGACCGCUCAACCAAAUCCAAGAGUCAAGCUCGUUGCCAUUCCAGGGGAUGUUCGCGUUCCAGGUCUGGGAAUAACCGCCGAAGACAGGUCGCUUCUGCAAGACACAGUAUCGGUGGUUUUUCACGUCGCAGCGACAGUGAGAUUCACGGAGCCGCUGCGAAAAGCGGUGGACGUAAACAUCGAAGGCACCAAGGCGAUGCUCCAGCUCUCUCAGGGGAUGAAAAACCUCCGCGCUAUUGUCCACGUAUCCACAGCUUACUCCAACUGCGGCAUCCCCGUCAUUCGUGAACGCAUCUAUCCGCCACCCAUGGACUUGUGUAAGGUGAAGGAUUGCGUGGCUGGCCUGGAUGACGAGCUUUUGGACCUAAUCACACCCAGGUUGAUCGGUAAACUGCCCAACACUUACACAUUUACCAAAGCUCUUGCGGAGCAUCUAGUCGCAGAGCAUUCGACUCAAUUGCCAAUUGCCGUCGUGCGGCCUUCCAUGGUCUUAGCCUCGUGGAAGGAACCGGUUCCAGGAUGGACUGACAGUUACAGUGGCCCAACUCUUGCGGUGAUUGCUACCGCCAAGGGACUCGUGAGCAGUAUUUACGGGAAGAAGAAACUUGUUGCCGAUUUUAUACCCGUUGAUACAUGCGUCAAUAUUUUCAUAGCUGCCGCAUGGGAAAUCGGGAGCGGAGACAACACGAGACUCGUUCCAGAUAUACGAGUAUAUAAUUGUGUCUCCAGACCAUUCAGUCCCAUUACGUGGGGCUUGUUUGUAGAGGAAAUCCAUGCCUGUGAGAGGAAAUAUGCCCUAAGUGACGUCUUCAUGAUUCCAUACCUUACGAUGACCGAUUGCAGAAUGACGCACAUAGUGCUCAACGUCCUGAGGCAGGUACCCGGUGUUUUGGUAGAUUACUUCACCUGGGUGUCGGGUGGAAAACCAAGACUUCGCGCAUUCCAAAAAAAGAUACGCGUUGUAACCGAAUCAUUCGAAUUCUUCACAACACACGAAUGGGAAUUCGAGUCGACGAAUGUCAAGCUAUUGAGGGACCGGAUGUCGCCCGAAGAUCGGGAGACCUUCAAUAUUGACAUAUCGAAGAUAGAAUGGAGGAAGUUUAUCUACAAUUACUACAUGGGCAUUCGGCGAAAUAUCAUGCGCGAGGAAGAUAGUACUCUUGAACACGGCAGAAAGAUGAUGGCCAGGAAAGCACUGAUAGCGAAGACCAUUCCAUGGGGCAUUCUCGUCAGCAUCGUACUCGGGGUUAUUAGCUUCUAUGGAGUUCAGCUCCAAGGUAUCCUGUAAAUCAUUUGCAAUUUUUUGAAAAUAUGUGUCACCUCAGAUCCGUCAGUUUCGGUAUGCUGGCUUACGUCGCCGUAAUCAAUAGUUCAUAAGAUAGAGUAGAAAAAUAAAGUAACGUUUCGUCUCUCGAGAGUCUGAAAGAUAUAUUUUCAUACGUUUGAAUUACACGGGAUUUUUGAAUGACAAGACGUGUAACAUAGAAAUAGAAUGAGAUCGGGUAAAAAUAAUCAGGGUAGAAAAUCAGUUCAAGCUAAAGUAACACAGUAAAACCUCCAUUACCCGUGGGGAGACAACGGAACUGGGGCAUCACGAAUAAAUGAAAUCCACUAAUAAUCGGAAUAUAUAAUAAACACGUCAUUUCAUUCAGAGUUCAGCACAGUUCUUUAUUAAUCUUGCAAACAAUACGUGGCAGUAUCAUAGGUAUGAUUGAGGAAAAACAAAAGAAAUGUUUUUUUGAUCAAAUAUCCGCUCAACUUUGUUAAUAUCGGCACUUAUCAAAGACUAGAUAUCCUGGCAUGUUAUUUGUGGCAGUGCUACGCCUGCAAACCGCACCUACAAUAAAUGGAUGGCAUCUAUGUAUACACGGUUGCCAUACGUUAAGAGCUUCAUUCAAAUUUACCAUUUCCUCUCACACGAUCAGUCAGAUAUCUAAGCUACCACACUCUGUAAACUCAUCACCCAGAUCGAGAAAAUUAUUUUUCCAACUGUUAUAUGUUUUUGAGUCCUGAAAGACAUGGCCCUUUAAAAAAUUCAGUUUAUUAAUUGAUCUCACCAUCGGCAAACGAUACAAAGUGGUUUAAUGUACAGUAAGACGUAUCGGAGAUAAUUCAUUUCACACAAAACUCUCGGAAUAGAGAGCGUGCGCAGAUUUCAAGGACGUCAAGAUUAUGCCACUUUUGAAAAGCGUCAAUCGACGCCGUGCUUGGCUCUCGAGAUCCUCACAAGAACCGUGCGUAACUGAUUUCACUUAUAAUAGCUAAUACGUGACAGGUAUUUAGUUUCUUAGAACGUAACUUUUUAAGAAUUUUUGAUUGAGAUGGUCAACGCUUUGUACACUUCAAUAAAGAGGUAUUUUACUCACACCUAUUCCGCAGUAGGUUUGAAUCAAAUGCUUGUUUUUCCAGGAAUGAUCAAAUAAUAAUUUUUCAUCGUAACAGUUUUCUACACAUGCAUCCACGUAUGCAAAUUCAACUACGCGUAAAAGUCAAGGAUUUUCACGAUUUACUGGGUCAUUCAAUCAUCGUGUGUGACAAAUUAUACUUAGCCAAUAUGUAAUACAUAUUGACUGCAUAAUUUCAACGAA